AUGCCAGGCAAACAGUCAGACGACGGGUCAAUGGACGUGGCAGCUGUGGAGGACGGAGGUGACGAAGGCCUGGGGGGCCUCACAGUCGAAGAGCUGCAGCAGGGCCAGGAGACGGCUCUGGCCUUGGAAGACAUGAUGGCUUUGAGCGCCCAGACCCUGGUCCGCACUGAGGUGGACGAGCUGUACGAGGAAGUUCGUCCCUUGGGCCAGGGCCGGUUCGGCCGGGUCCUGCUGGUCACUCACCGUCAGAAAGGAACACCCCUGGCACUGAAGCAGCUCCCCAAGACGUCUACUUCCCUCCGUAGCUUCCUGUAUGAGUUCUGUGUGGGCCUCUCACUUGGCACGCAUUCGGCCAUCGUGGCGGCCUACGGCAUUGGCAUCGAGUCAGCCGGUUCCUACAGCUUCCUGACAGAGCCCGUUCUCCACGGGGACCUCAUCACCUUCAUCCAGCCCAAGGUGGGUCUUCCCCAGCCAGCCACUCAGCGCUGUGCAGCCCAGCUGGCCUCGGCCCUGGAGCAUAUUCACUCCCACGGCCUGGUAUACCGGGACCUGAAGCCAGAGAACGUGCUGGUGUGUGACCCAGACUGCCAUCGUGUCAAGCUGACUGACUUUGGCCACACCCGGCCCCGAGGGACCCUGCUCCGACUUACUGGGCCUUUCCCCUACACUGCCCCUGAGCUGUGUGCGCCACCACCCUUCCCCGAGGGACUACCCAUCCAACCUGCCCUGGAUGCCUGGGCUCUGGGAGUCCUGAUUUUCUGCCUUCUUACUGGUCACUUCCCCUGGGACCAGCCCCUGGUGGAGGCUGACCCUUUCUUUGAGGACUUUAUCAUCUGGCAGGCCUCAGGCCAGCCCCAAGACCGGCCACAGCCCUGGUAUGGCCUGUCACCUGUGGCAGACGCUCUCCUGUGGGGGCUGCUAGACCCUCAGCCCAGGAAGAGGAGCCCUGUGAGCUCCAUCAAGGGCUACCUAGGCCAACCCUGGAGACAGAGAGGGGGGGAGGCUGAGGAAUUGGCAAAGGAGCUGAAGGAAGAUGGGUAGCGAGGAAGCCACGGGGCUACCAACGGGGAGCAGCCUGCGUGCCCAGACCUGCUUAGCCUGCGCUGCCUGGCUGUGGCCUCCUCUCUGUUUGCAAGCUCUCUCCCACCUGUCCUGUGUGU